CACCCGUCUGGAGGAGCGGAAUAUUCCCGCGGGACGCGUCACUGGAGGAACGUGAAAGCUGGAGUGGUCGAGAAAGAAAAGGAAGGAACAAGAAAUGGGAACGGUGGAAAGUAACCGAGAGCCGGCGCCGACACGUCAUCCGGGACAAGCAGAUGUGGUGGGAGUCCAUCCAAGCAGGGCGGUUGCGGGUGUCGGCGCUGGAUCUGGAAGCUCGGAGGCAGCACGUGGAGCAGGGGGCGUGUCCGCCGGCUGGAGGAAUGCGAUGCAGCCGGAAGCUGGCCGUGGUGUGGCCCGUUCUGGGCUCGGCGCGUUAUUUCGGACGUCGCGGCGGCCUUAUCCGGACACGCGGGCCACCUGCGGCGCCGCCGGAUACCCGACACCAGCGCCGCCCUCACCCGCGCUGCUCAUCUGGCCAGACGACCGGGAGACGCUGCUCUGCGUCGGAUAUCGGGUGUGGUAGUACAAGUGUUCCAGACAAAUGGUUUAGUCUCCUUCAAAACAGCGCACAAUCCACUGCAGAGCGGAGAUAUUCUGGAACAAAUCCCCCAUUUUGGCCUUUCUCCCAACAGUCGUGGUUCCACAAGGUGUGCAAGACAACUUCCAUUUUCCUUGGAAGGUAGAAGAGAAGCACAAAUUCUGUCCCGAGAGGGCCGGUAUCGGGAAGUGUUGCAGAUAGGAAGAGAAUCCAGCAACGCUUUGCCACUAACAUUGCCAAAUCUAUCUACAUCUAUCUACAUCUACACCCAUACUCUGCA